AUGUCGUUUGAGCCGCUCUACACGCUGGAGGUGCCGCCACUCCCUGCACUCGAACUCUCAGCUGCGCGCCUCGAGAACCAGCUGGUGUCGUCGGUCUUUCUCAGCUUGCCUUCCGCAGCAAAUCGCUUCGAAGCUGCCGACGACCAGCAGCGAUUCGAAUCGCUGAGCAUUCACAACGCCCCAGCCGGCAUCGAUCCGGUGCUCAACAAGUUCAUCAGUCGCGCAUCAGAACCAGCACCAGCACAGUCCCAUGAAGUCGACGCGACCGCCUCAUCCUCCGCUGCCCAGCGCGAGUUCGACGGACAGCUCGAUCUAGACUCGCCAGGUCCAUCGCGAUAUCGCUUGCGCAGAAGCGCCUCCACCUCUAGCUUGAGCUCACUCGCUUCGUCCGUCUGGGAUGAAUCACCUCGCGCUCCUGCCGAUCGUGCCUUUGUUCGAUAUCGGGGCUCCCCGCCUCAGCCUCGCCUGCUCGACCUUGCCACGCGCGAAACGACCCUCUCGGCUCCUUCAGAACUUCUAGAGGCGAUCCAUGAGGCAAGACAUGGCGACGAGAACGCGAGCGCACUGCCGACGCAGCACCUCGCGCCCGUGCAUCCUAUCUACGAUGUGGUCCGCUCCCUCACUCUCACAGCCACUACAGGCACCUCAUCCGAGCACUUCCAGUGGGAUGCAGAUUCGGCCUCGUUCCUAUGGGCAGCGACCGUCGAACAUCGUAGACAGGCUCGUCAAUUGCGAAGGCUGGUCAAAGAGCAAGCGGCCAUGCGCGCAUCGCUCGAGGCCUCGGCAGACGACCGGGACGAAACAGAUCCCGCGGUACCUCCAAGCAUGAUGCAGGCUUGGAUAGGCUCGGAACGCAUCAUGGGCUGGAGCGAACAUGCUUCCGACAGCGUCGUGCGUCCUUUCCUCGAAAUCGGUGCGCUCCUACGCCGCAUCGACGAUCGUGUCUUGACGAUCCAUCGCACGGCUGCUACUCUCUGCAACGAGGCGCCCGCACUUGCCGCCGCACUGGACACUGUCAUCGCGUGGCUCAAAGAUGAGCUCGCCUCUCAUACUGCCGCCAUCACCGAUCGUAUCGAGGGCCAUGGAGCUGCAUCUUGUGCUGUGCUCAAUGCACAUGCAGAGCUCCAGCCCUGCUCUGCACUGCUCAAGGCGCUUGGCGACCUUUUGUCAUGCGGGCAGCCACGGCUUCCACCCUUCCGUCCAAUGGCCUGGCUCGCAUCUACACAUGCAACGCUGUCGCACCUGCAUGCCCAUCUCUCGGCUUCGCUUGCGUCCGGUGCCCCCGCCUUGUGCUCGGCAGUGCUGACCUACCUGCUCGAUCGCGCCAGCCUCACGUGGCGACAGCAAAUCGCGCGAUGGGUAGGCUAUCCCGGCUUCGAGUCUGACAGGACGGGCGAGCUCGACGACCGACCUGCCGCACACAAAGCUGGAUCCGAUGCUAAUGGCACUCACAUAUCGUACCCUUGGAGCGGUGCCGUGGUCGAUUGGUCGCUAGACGAGAGAGGCGAGGAGGACAUCGGAUACACCCUCAAACCAUCGGCAGUUCCUAGCUUCCUCCCUUUCCGCCACGCCAGGACUUUUCUCGAGGCAGGUCGAGCACUCAGGCUUCUCAAGAAAGCCGCACCCAACGACCACCCGCUCGUGUCGCAAUGGUCCAUCGGGGUGGAUGCUGGUGCACACAAGACGCCCUUGUCCUUGCCGACGUGGCACUGGUCACCGUCCGAAAGUCCAAGGCAGCUCGAGGCUGUGGAGGAGCGCAUCACUCAAUUCAAGCGCGAAAUCGCUCGCUGGCGUCGCCACAAACGUGCAGCCGGCAGCACGGCUCCUGCAUCGGCGGCAGCAUCACCUUUUGCAUUAGACGCUCAUUUGCCUCAACUGCAUCCUGAGGGUACUGCCGAGAUAGUGCACGGAAGCAUAGCUCCUCAAGACGCGAGGGAUGUUUACUCGAGCGAAGACUACUUUGCACGCAUGUCGCAGCUCUUUUCCGCUCUCCCUGGCGUCCUAGAACCAACCGCCGCAGGAAAGUCUUCGCUGGACGCAGAGCAGCAGCAGCAAGACAACGAAGCGGAUGAAGACGAAGUCGACGAGCAAACCCGCCUGCUUCUCUACCUCGCCGAAGCUGCCUGUCCUCCGUCUCAGAGCCAGUCCAUCUCGCACGUGUCGUUCGAUCGAGCAACGCAGGGCUGUCUGGUGGCGCCGUUCGAGAGCUGGGCGCGGCUGAUCAACAUGUCUCUCAUCAGCGUCUUCUUCCAGGACCUUGGGCUCGGCACAUACCUCGAGACGUGCAAGCAGUUCCUUCUGCUCGGCAAUGCGCUCUUCGAGCGGCAGGUGAUCUCGAGCCUGUUCGAUGUCGAUCAGGUCAGCGUGUUGGAUGAGGCCGAGGCCAAGUCAGCUCGCGGACGCGCAGUCGUUGCCAUGAACAGGCGCUUGACUGCUGAAGGUGUCUGGCCCCCCAACGACAGCCUGCUGUCAUCGGCGCUCAAUACGGCCGUCAUUGAGACGGUAUCGAGCAUGCGUCAGGCGCAUCAAGAUCGGCUGACCAGGUCGCACCGGCACGCGGGAACGGAGGAUGCUAUUUCACUUGCGUUCAAGGAUCUCGACGAGCGGCUGUCGUUCGCCGUGGUCGAGCCGCGAUCCGCUGCCUCCUCAAGCGGCGGACAGAAGUCGGGCAAGAACGCACCAACGUGGUCGGAUCCCAGCUCGAUCGAUGCACUCGACUGGCUCACAUUGUCCUUCCACCCGCCGCCGCUCAUUUCACCGCUGCUGACGCAGCUGGCCCAGUCUCGGUAUCAGCGUCUGUGGAACCUGCUGCUGCGCAUCAAGAGGUGCAAGGUGGCCAUGCGCACAGCAUGGCAGUGCACCUUCAAGUCGACCAGUGCAGCGUUCACAUUUGACUUCCGGACGCGCUCGCUCAUGCAGCAGUUCCGAUGGGAGCUCAAUCAUUUCCUCGACACGUACGGCUCGUUUGUCAACGAGAUUGGCAUCGAGAUGCACUGGAACGGCUUUAUGCAGCGGCUCGACAGGGUGCGCGUCGAAGUGUCGGAUGAACUUGCCUCGCGUCGCACGUCUGCGGCGAGGACCGGCGACGGACACGGCGAGAGCGACGAGGAUCUGGACGACGAGGCGCUCGAGGAGGAGGAAAAAGCAGCGCUGAUGACGUCGAGCCUCGAGCUCAAGGACGUCUUCUCGCUGGCGCGGUAUCACGAGCGUGUGCUUGACCGCAUGCUGUCGACGUGCUUCCUGAAGUCUAAGCAGCGCGGCGUGCUGCGUGUGGUGCACGACCUGCUGCAGACGGUGCUCGACUUUGCACAGCUGUGCGUCGACUUCCACACGCCCGCUUCGCCCUCGGUCGAGACGCCGACGUUUGACGACUUCCAUCGGCUGCAUGUCUACUUCCGCAAGCGCAUCGACACGUUGGUGCAUGCGCUGGCGAUGCUCAAGGACCGUCGGCCGUCCAACUUGCAUCCUGAAUCUCAUGCAGAUGAGGCGGCGAGUGGACGGGAUCUGGCUAAGAGACGGCAGGACGUCGAAAGCGAAAAGGCGCGUCUGGCAUUCGACGAGCUCGAGGACCUGAGGCGGCUCGACGUGGAUGCAGCGGGCAGAAGCACGCAAGGCAUCGACGGCGAUGGCGCCUCGAGCGUCGAAGUGCUUUUGUGCCGACUCAACGCGAGCGGCUUCUACGCCGAGCUGGACUAG